CCAAUUUAACGUCGCUCGAAGAUCGGCCGUAAAUUAUAGUCUCACCAAUGCUGUUUAUCAAUUAAAAUCAGAAAUUAUUUUUAAAAUCGGUUUUUCAACGUUUACUAGAUUCAAGGUCAUCAGAAAGUAUUAAAAGAUGCAUUGAAAUCUCGUCGUAAAAGUCUCUCGAAAUCAAUUGAUUCUGAUGCCACUGGAAAUGUUAGUAGCAAAUCUGAAGAGACUAGUUUAUCUGAACAAGUGGAUAGUACAAAAAGUGUAACCGGUUCCAGGACUCGACAAGCUUUAUUAACUUGGGUUGAACAGUCUUUUCGUUCCCAUAAAUCAACAUUAGAAAUUAGAGUUACCGACUUCGGUUCAUCUUGGCGUGAUGGUAAGGCAUUUUGUGCUUUGGUGCAUAACAUUAAUCCAAGUCUUAUUGAUAUGGGUGAAGUUAUGCAUCGAAAAAAUCGUGAGAAUUUAGAAUUUGCUUUCAACGUAGCUGAACAAAGACUUGGUGUACCAAAAUUACUAGAUCCUGAAGAUGUUGACGUAGAUAAACCGGAUGAACGUUCAAUUAUAACAUAUGUAGCACAAUUUAUUCUAAUCGCUAGUUCACAUCCACCUAAGGGUAAUGAACAAACAGAAGCGGAAAAGGAACGUGUUCUAUUGAUUACGAUUAAAGAAUUAAUUGCUCGAGUUCGACAUAACCCAAUUGAAUCACAAGACUUUCUCACUGAAUUUGAAAGUUUUCUCCAAGCUCAACUUGAACAUGAAAAUAUGGCUGCUUAUAUUCGUGAACUUGAUGAUAGAAGACGUCAAGGUUUAUUACUUGGCCUAAGACCAGAAGAAUUAGAACGUGCUGAAGCUGAAUGGAGCCGAGUGAAACCUGAACUUGAUGAAUGGCGUUGGCGUUUAGAUAAUGUUCUACCAGGUGAAUGGCGUCAAGUUGGUCAAUGGUUAUCAAAAUUAGAAAAAUGUCUAAUAACGGAUGCAUUGAUAGCUUCACAACUUGGUCUGGAAUUAGCUCCAGAAGCGAAAAAUUUGACUCAUGAAGAACGUGCAACACGACUUCGAAAUUGCUUAAACGAACAUGAAGAUAUUUUCAAUAAUAUUGAAGAUUUAAAUCAUUUAAUUAAUAAAUUAAGUGAAGAAAAUGAAAAAUUAAAUGAAAUUGCUCAAGAUGCUACAACAUCAGAUGUAUUAACUACAUUACCAAUUCGUUUACCACAAAUUAUUGUUGAUUCAUUGAAAUCUCGUUUUAUCACAGCUUAUUUAAAUGGUCAAUUAACUAAACGACGUUUAGAACGUUUAGUGUUACGUUGGGAUUUAACACAUAAAAUAACUAUAAUACGUGAACAUUUAAUUAAUUGGCAAACAAUUAAAUGUAAAGAGACAUCUGAAGUAGAUUUACAUAUUAAUGAAAUUAAAGAUUAUCUAUCAUCCAUGAAUAUACCUGAAGAUAUGGAUAAUGGCUUGGAUAAGCUUAAAGAAUUAGCAUUAGAACGCGAUGAUAUUGCGUGUCGAAUUGCUGAACAACGUGAAAAAUUGGAAGCCAAUGCAAAAUUAUCAGGUCCUAUGGUAAAUCAACAAGCUUCCGUUAGUACCGGUGGUGGAGCAUUCAUUUUAACUGACUAUGCUGAAACUGAGCGAAAAGAAACUAAUUUCUUUUUAACUUCACUUAAUACACGUUGGAAAGAUACAUGGUCGGAUCUUUUGAAUAUACAAACACAUUUAGGCGAACUUUCUGUUAAAUGGAAUCUAUACGAAACGGAAAAAUUACAUCUAAGCAACUGGUUAACAGAAGUGAGGAAACUACUUGCCGAUGAGAGUACAAGUGCUGAAGAACGUGAAAAAUUAUAUAGUGAUUUAAAAGAAUGGCGUACACGUGUAUCAGCUUUAAAUGAUCUUGGACAUGAAUUAAUGCAUAGCUGUGAUAUGACAGCAUCGUCUAUUUUAGAUAAUGAAUUGAAGAAUAUUAAUAAAAAUUGGACUGAAGUUACUACUGAAGUAAGUGCUAUUAUAAUGCGGUGUCGUAUUGUAUGUAUGCAAGUAGGUAGAUCGGCACUUACGUAUGUAGGUAAAAUGUUUUCUUGUUUGUUCGUUUCCAAACAUGACUGUGUUGAUGAUUUAUAAGGUUGAUUUAAAGUAAAAACUACCUAGAGCGAAAACAUUCAAUAGAUUUAAGUUAAGAAAAUGGGUUAAAACCAUAUUAAAUGAAUGGCUUCAAGUGAUCGAUCAAAAUUAAGAUACCCAAUGUUAAACAUUAGCGCGAAUUUAAAAGGCUAUUGCGUUCAGCUUGUUGCUG